CACACCACCCAACCGCCUGUUUGCCAGUGCAGACCGCCAUGUGAUGGUGAAACAUAACGACGUCUACCCGUCGGCAGAGGACCUGGAGGCUGUGCAGACCAUGGUGGGGCAUGUGGAGUGCGGCCUGAAGGCCGUCUCUGACUGGAUGAACGAGCAGGACAUGCUGCGGUCUGCUGAGAGUGAGCCUACGCGCACGCUGCGUGGGGUGUUCCGAGUGGGCCUGGUGGCUAAGGGCCUGCUGCUGAAGGGUGAUCUGCAGGUGGAGCUGGUGCUGCUCUGCAAGGACGUCCCGACCAACUCACUGCUCAUGAUGGUGACGGGCAAACUCUCAAUUCAGCUGAAGGGCCUUGCGGGUGAGGAAUACACAGUCGCUCCAAACCCGAAGGAAGCGUGCAUCACAAUCAAGAGCACAGCAGAACCUGCGCUGACCCUCACGGUGCACGUGACCUCCCCAGAAGUCCGGCAGCAGGCGGCAAGUGAAGAAAUGCAAUCGGUCAGCCCUCCGCCGGACGCCCUGGACAGGCAGAAAUGCCUGGAUGCCUUGGCGUCUCUACGCCACACCAAGUGGUUUCAGGCCCGAGUGAAUGAGCUGAAGUCCUGUGUGGUGGUCAUCCGCAUCAUGAGGGAUCUCUGCACCUGUGUUCCUUCCUGGCUUCCACUGAAGGGAUGGGCCCUGGAGCUGCUAUGUGAGAAGGCUAUCAAGACAUGCGAGAGACCUUUGGGAGUAGCCGAAGCCCUUCGCCGAGUCCUUGAAUGUGUAGCAUCUGGAAUCUUGCUGGAAGACGGCCCAGGCAUCUCCGACCCUUGUGAGUCAGAACCAACUGACGCCACCUGUAAUAUGACCCUUCAGGAGCGAGAGGAACUCACUGCAAGUGCCCAAAAAGCCUUGAGGCUGUUUGCCUUUGGACAGUAUCACACAGUUCUGGGUAUGGAUCGACUCAAUUACACGCCCAAGUCUAACCGAGGGAGAUUCCCUGGUCCAGGAGGAGCUGUUAAACCAGUGGAUGCACUGCCGGCUCCUCCAUCUAAGAGACCCAUGGAGGAUGGAGCCAAUAGCAGCGUCGCAAACAAGAGGAAGAAAUUUCAGAAGCCACUGAAGAAACCCCCCUCGGAGCAGAGCGGCCUCCCCCAGAGCUCGGUGGUCAUGCUGAAGCUGAACAAGAUGCGUCCGGGUCUCCUGUACCGGCUGGUCUCGCAGACGGGCCCCGUGCACAUGCCCAUCUUCACCAUGGCCGUGGACAUCGACGGGGAGACGUACGAGGCCUCAGGGCCGUCCAAACGCUUGGCCAAGCUGCAAGUGGCCCAAAAAGCUCUUGAGGGGUUGGGUGUCCGUUUGAACCCAGAGAAGAGAGCGGCGGCAGUGCCGACGCCAGCAAACCCUGUGAAGAGUGAAGAGCAGGAGGAAGCAGCUGCCACGACCACGACAGCAACUCCAGUCUCAGUCUCAGUCGCAGAGCCAGAGGAGAACGCCGAGGCGCAGUCUGCCUUCCAGGCGGGUCCCAUCCUCACCAAACACGGCAAGAACCCCGUGAUGGAGCUCAACGAGCUACGCCGAGGCCUGAAGUAUGACCUGGUGUCUGAGACCGGCAGCAGUCACAUCAAGAGUUUUGUUAUCGAGGUGGAGGUUGAUGGGCAGAAGUUCCAGGGCACUGGGUCCAGUAAGAAACUGGCCAAAGCCAACGCAGCCAUGGCCGCCCUAGAGAAGGUCAUGCAGGCCAGUGUGCCGUUCAAGAAGAAGAAGCCCGCAUACGGCUUGGGAUACAUUGCUCCAGCAGGCGCUGUUCGUGGCAGAGGCCGGGGGCGAGGACGAGGCCUGAACCACAACACCAGCAGCUACACAGCUGGUGGCAUGGGAACGUAUGGCUACGGCAGCACCUCCACGUCCUUCUACAGCGGCUCUUAUGAAACCACCUCCCCCAGCUGGAGGCUGGGUCCGGGUCCCCGAAGCAAGCUGCCCCUCCACCCCCGGGCCUCCCAGUGUGCCCCCCCCACGUGCCCUACUGGUUACCCCAGCAGCACAGCUGCCCCUGCUGCCCCUGGCCCCAAGGCCACCGCCCCUGCUGCUGCUGCCGCCGCCACCCCCACCACCACCUACCCAGUGUCUUACAGCCAGGGCUACACCCCCUACAAGAAGCCCCCGCCCAGCCAGACUCCACUAGUGGGCCCUGACUACGGGUACGGUUACGCCAGGCACGCCCCUGAAGCCCCCGCCACCACAGACUACAGCUAUGGGGCCUAUGCCAGCCAGAUGUCCUAUGGCAUGCCAGGAGCUCAGGGCUACAGCUACACCCAGUCAGCCUAUCCCAACAUAGGAGGCUACUCCACUGGAGCUACCUACCCCACCUACAAAUAGAUCCACUUCAGCCAUGAUCCAGCCUCACUCUGCUUGUCUGUGGGGGAGCUUGCUUGCAUCAACUGAAAUGCACAGCAUCUCAAAAUCAAGCAUGGCUUUCUCUUUCUUUCUCUCUCUCUGUUGUUUAGUUUUUGUUUGUUUGUUUAGGUUUGGUCAAGGCCCAUGCGUUGUUUGUUUUUGGCAGUGUUUUGAUGCGCUGUCUCAGUGACGCUUGACUGCAGGUCUGUCUUGGGUUUUUAUUUCCAGCUGUUCCAUAUCCCCGUCACCUGUUGAUAUUUAUAAUAUGUGUGAUUGGAAACUAAUUGUAACGUGUGACUGGUCAGGAAUCUGUUCCUACCUGGGAAGAGGAAGUCGGCAUGUGUCAUGAUCUUAAUUCUUUUUUUUUAGCAUGGAAAAAAAAAGUGUGUCAGCCAUGUUCCUCCUUCUUUUUUGAUCAGUGUGUUGGUAGACGGGAAACUAAAGCUGUUGUACAUAAGAAGGUGUAGUGGUUUGAACCACUGCUGCUAACUUUAUUUUUUAUCAAUCAGAGUACCGUAAUGUUCUCUCAUUAUCAGUUUGAGUUUUGUGACUGUAGCCGAGUGGCGAUAUCUUUCCAAACUAAGGACUGAAUGAUCAGAUUUUUCUUAAUAAAAUGGAUAGGUUGCUCUUGUUUUCCAACUUAAUGAAACCUGUUUCUAAUGAAUAAAACAUUUUGUAUUUUCA